AUGGCUAGUUACCUCAACACCAACACGCGAACAACGCUCAGCCCACCCCGGCCAUCAUGGGUCGACUUGGGCCAUUUCGGGCUGCCCAACUCGAUGGAGGCCACCGGCUAUGUACCAUACCUGAUGGCUAUUAUUCUGGUAGCCUCAGCAAUGGCCGUUUCGCUACGUAGCAACAAGUUGUCUACGUUUCCAGUUAUUAAUGCUUCCAAGAACGAGUAUCUAAGAAGCGGAAGGGCAAUGUUGGCCAGGGGUCUGAAGGAGUUUGGCGGAAAGCCUUUCAGAGUGAACACCGGCCUUGGUGGCGGAGUCAUUAUACUCGAUCACAGCGUUAUGCCGGAAGUCCGAAAUGACGUCCGUUUUGAUUCAACGAAAUUUCUGCUUCAGUACUGGCAAGCGGGGAUCCCGGGAUUUGAGCCUUACAUUGCUCUUGGGACUGAGAUUUUGCACAAUGUAAUCAAAUGGAAUCUUACACCUGCUGGUAUCGCCAAGCUCAACAAGCCGUUAUCUGAUGAGGCGAACGCUGCCUUGAGAGAUAUUUUGACAGACGAUGAAGAAUGGCAUGAGGUUCUCCUCGGCGAUGUUAUCAUCCGAAUCGUUGCACGAGUGUCCUCCGUCAUCUUUCUUGGUCCGGAGCUGUGCCGAAACCCCGACUGGCUGAAAAUCACAGUAGAUUACACUAACAAAGCAACAAAUGCAGCCAAGGUUUUGCGGCGGUGGCCUGUAUUUCUCUAUCGCAUCAUCCACUGGGUUCUUCCCGAAUGCCAGGAAGUUCGUAGUAUGCUAGUGGAAGCUCGUCAAAUCAUCGCGCCAAUCCUAGAGAAACGCCGUGUUCAAAAGGCGGCAGAUCCUAAUCUGGAAUACCACGAUGCCUUGGACUGGUACGAGACCGCAGCAAAGAAAAUGGGCGUUGACUAUGACCCCGCGGAUCAACAGCUGGCACUCAGCAUCUCUGCAAUUCUGACUAGCAACGACCUCAUGUCCCAGAGCAUCAUGGACCUUUGCAAGCAUCCGGAGAUGUUCGAGCCUCUUCGGAAUGAGAUUCGGUCUGUUCUUGGGGACGGUGCGUGGAAACCUACCAGUCUCUACAACACAAAGCUUCUGGAUAGCGCACUCAAGGAAACCUUGCGCUUGAAGCCUGUUGCAGCCGUGGGACUCGGCCGCAGAGUCAUGGAAGAAGUCCGCCUCAAGGAUGGCACAGUUCUUCCCCGAGAUUCUGGCAUUGCCGUCAAUGCUGAAAAGAUGUGGGACCCCGAGAUCUACAAGAACCCGCGAGCAUAUGAUGGAUACCGUUUCCUGCGACUGCGGGAAGCUUCUGAACAGGGAGAAAAGACCUCGCAGUUGGUCAGCACUUCGCCCGAACACCUUGGUUUCGGGCUCGGCAUCCAUGCUUGCCCCGGUCGGUUCUUCGGCGCCAAUACGGUGAAGCUGGUCAUGUGCCACCUGUUGCUCAAGUACGAUAUCGAGCUGGCGGAGAAUGCAAACACCAAUCCUCUUGAGUUUGGGUUUUCUAUGCUUGCGAAUCCCACUUCAAGGGUUCUCGUCAGGCGCAGAAAGGAGGAGGUGAACUUCUGA